AACAACAUUACAGUGAUGAGCGCCGUGUCAUUUAUUUCUCAGUUGUUAUUUUUUUUACCUACACAGUACACACUACACAGUACUGAGUUGUGCGUACAUUACACGUACACUGCAGUACUAAUAAAACUGAGUUCAUCACCGUUAUUUGUCUAAUUUACAGCCAGCUUAUUUUCUCUUCUUGAACGAAAUGGAGUUAGGAUAUUCUGUACUGCCAGUGAAAGAACUGUCCAGUAGUGAUUAUGAUGGCAUAGUUUUUGUAUCUCAUAGCUGUAAAGAAGUUACUGUACCCGAACCCCUGAGAAAUGCUAUUAAAGAUGCAGCUGGGAUCGAUUCCUAUAUACAUGAAUCAGUGUCAGUCUUAAAAGUUGAUCUCCCAGCCAGGAGGUUGGUCUAUUCUCCAACCGGUCCUCUGAAUUCUGAUUACCAUGAUGUUAGAAGUUUCGGCGAAGCAGCCAAAACGGGGAUUAAAAGGGCUCUGAAAAGUGGGGUUACAAAGCCUCUUGUUGCACUUGUCAGCAAUUCACGUUUUCCCAAGACAAAGCUUGUGACACUCCUAGGUGUUAUGGAGGGACUCUACAUGAAUAUACAGCACAGAGAAUUCUGCCCCAAUGAGUUUCCCAAGGUCAAAUCUUUAGGCGUUUGGUCCGAUGAUGAAGCCACUCUCGAACAAUUAGUAGAAACUGCUAAAGUCCUUGAAUGUGGAAGGGUGGUCGCAAGAGAUAUUGGUGGUGCAGAUCCAGAACGCAUGAAUCCUCCAAAUGUUGAACAAUAUGUUAGGCAGGCUUUUCCAGCCAGUUCAGGUGUAAAACUUGAAGUUGUUACUGAUGAGGAUAAACUAAACAAUGACUACCCUUUAUUUGCCGCUGUGAACAGAGCUGCUAGUGUGAUCGAUAGACAUAAGGGAAGAAUAAUCUAUUUGACAUACGAAGGACCUGAUGUGCAGGAGACUUUACUAAUUGUCGGCAAGGGUGUGACUUACGAUACAGGUGGUGCCGAUAUUAAAACUGGUGGCCACAUGCCCGGAAUGAGCAGGGACAAAUGUGGAGCUGCUGCUUUGGCGGGUUUCAUGAAGGUCCUUAGCUAUGUCAAACCUCCCCAUCUCAAAGUCGUAGGAGUUAUGAGCAUGGUGAGAAAUUCCUGUGGAGAAAACUGCUACGUGGCAGAUGAAAUAAUUCUAUCGAGAGCUGGGGUUAAAGUUCGAGUAGAAAAUACAGAUGCAGAGGGAAGAAUGAUCAUGGCUGAUGUUUUGUGUCAUGCUAAAGAAAUGGCUCUGAACAGCGUCAAUCCUCAUUUAUUUACAAUUGCAACAUUAACUGGUCAUGCUGAAAGGACAGUAGGAGAAGGAUACACUAUCGGGAUGGAUAAUGGCCCAGCAAGGGAAACUGAUUUUGCGUACAAACUUCAAAUGCAAGGUGAAGAAAUAGGAGAUAUGCUUGAAGUCAGCCGUAUCAGAAGAGAAGACUUUUCAAAACAUAAAGCUACUGCAGAAGGUGAAGAUGUUCUUCAGUGUCAUAAUACUCCGCCUCUUUCGUACAGAAGAGGGCAUCAAGGCCCUGCGGCAUUUCUCAUGCUUUCUUCUGGUCUUGAUAAGCAUGGCUUAGACUCAGAAAAGCCUCUGCGUUACACGCACUUGGAUAUUGCAGCUUCUCAUGGUGAAGUCCCCCAAAUAGCAACAGGAGCACCCCUUCUUGCUCUUGCAAACAAAUAUUUGCAAUUGUGAACUGUAUAUCGUAUUUUUGGAAAACUUUGCAUCAGUUUUGUGUAAUUUUUUUACACUUUGUAUAAAUGAAGCUGAUUAUGAAAUAUAAAUAAGAUAUAACUUUA